UUUCAAUCGUGUCCAUUUUGAAGAUUGACAAUGGCGUCUUCAGCUUACUCUGACUUUGAUGUCAUCGCUCAGGAGGAGCGCGUUCGAGACGAGAUUGCUGCGUCGUCCGAGCUCGUCAGCGACCCACUGCCGACAUCCGUCCUGCUCGACGAGUACAAGGAGAACAAGGACGCCUUCCGCGACAAGCUCAAGGACGUCACAAGCAAGUACGACUCGUUCCGACGAGUGCGCGGCGAUGGCAAUUGCUUUUACCGAGCGUUCGGCUUCGCCUUGUUGCAGCAAAUCCUGCACCGUGGCACGGAGGAGCAGGCGCGCAAGUUGUACCAGCAGGCAGUUGCAUCGAAGGCACUCCUGGUCGCGCAGGGCUACACAGAGUACACAAUCGAGGACUUUUACGACUCGUACGUCGAGGUGAUUGCGCUGGCAACCGGCUUCCCAAAACCCCCAGCGGCAUAUGACUAUUCGACUGGAAUUCCCGUGCCAGUCCAGCAGGAUGCCAACAGCGAGCCGCCCAAGCAGCUUCCGUGGCCGCUGACUGCGCAAGAGCGCGCCCUGCGCGAGUCCAACUUGCUCGCCAUCUUCCGAGACGACCCCGUCGCUUCUGCCGUUGUGUACUACCUGCGCUUGCUGACUGCCGGGCACUUCAAGACCAACGCCGAGUUUUUCCAAGGCUUUAUCGAGGACGGCCUGACCGUCUCCGAGUUUUGUGCGCGCGAAGUCGAGGUGAUGGCGCGCGAGUGUGAGCAGGUGCAUAUUGUCGCGCUGUCUGCCGCGCUGGACGUCCCCGUGCGCGUUGUAUACACGGACAGUUCGGAUUCGACGUCGCAGGCCACCGAGAUUAACUUUCAAGAGGAAGGUACCGCUGCACCGACCGUGAGUCUGUUGUACCGACCCGGUCACUAUGACAUUUUGUAUGCUCGUUGAACAUCCUCCAUUCUUGCUUGACGAAAAAAAUUCGCUGUUCAUGCAAAUGCAAGAAUUCCGCUCCA